UUUGAGAAUGUGUGUGUAUAUAUAAUGCAACCCUCUCUUUUUGUAAGACGGCUGUGGCGGAAAAUAGACUCUACGAGACUCAGAUCUGAGCUGCAUCGCCGCCGCAGAAUUUUCGCGUUAUUUGCCGUGAAAAAAUUGGGGGCAAUUUCUGCGUUCCUAAGAAAUUCAACAAUUUUCUUGACUUUGUAAGUCCAGUAUGAAUUUGAACUUAUUAUUUUUCUGUUUGUUUAUUUUGCCGUUGUACGAAGAUCUCUUUGUAAUGGAGCCGAGGCUGAGAUCUAGGGUUCGAAGCACGUAAGUAGAGGAAGGAAAAUGUUGAGCAUUUACAGUGGAAGCUUUCUCCGUCUAUUGUUCGAUCUGAAGUACAUUCGACAAUUACAGUUGGAAUUGUGGGCUUGGUAGGCCAUUUAUCAUACCCAUAUACUUGGGAACUACAAUGGCUUGUACUGAAGGCUAGGCUUGGUCUCGUUUGAUCAGGCACACUGUAGCAAGUGAAAUCUAGCUGGUCCUAUCAGCUUGCAUAUUCCACAUCAAAUGUCCCGCCUUUCAACCGCACUAUAGCCUGAUGGACUAUAUUAGAUUUGGAGUAUAUGCAAGUGGGAACAUUUGACUGAUGAGAGCUGCUCAUGUUCAAGGGUCAGUUUUUCUUAAAGAUAGAAUAGGUAGUGGAAAAUUCUGGCCACCGAGAUGAACAUAUGAUAUUUAUAGGUUGUGGGAAGAGUCUCCUAUUGGAGAAUAAGCACAGCUCUCUUUGGAUGCAAAUUUAUAGCUAUUUAUGGACAAGUUGGAGUUAAAUCUGUUCUCAAUAGAGGAAAAUGGAGAGGCUGAAUUGGAAGAAGCAAUGGAGGUGUCCCUCAGCAGCUCACCAUUUGGGGCCUUUUCUAUUCGUAAUUAUGUUGCAGCUGUUUGUAAAGUUGACAUCAAAAAAUGUUGGCCCUUUUCUCCACGUCUUUUAGAAACAAAACUGCAGAAAGGUGUAGACAAUGUACUUCCACCACUUGAAAUUCCUACAUUUAGAUAUUGGCGAUGUGCAAAAUGUGUAGAGAGUGCUGUUACGCCAGAUGAUUCAAAUCAGGAAAGAAAUGUUCACAUGCAGUUGGAUGCCCUAGAGUCUGAUGUACUCAUACAAAAUGUUGGAAAUCUUCUUACCAAACAAGUUGAAAAAGAAGAGUAUAUCUCUGAUAAUAUCGUAACUAGUGUUCUAGAAGCCAAGCCACAGACCAUCUUAGAGAAAGAUGAAGCAGAUGAAAAGAAGGCAACAAGCCAUGUAUCAGAAGAUAUAGGAUCAGAGGAAGCACCUUUAGUAUGCAGCGAAAAUGCUUUUCAUUCUAGAGAUGGAGGAGCUGAAGAGACUAAAACAGAACAGUUGGCAGGAAAUGAAAUAUUAAUAAAUUUGACAGCCGAUGCACUUCAUCAAUCAUACUCAGAAAGUAAGACUACCUUUUGUAAUUCAACUUCUAGUCCUAAAGACUCAGAGCUGACUCCCCCAGCAUGUUGGAGUGUUUGUGCAAACAGCAGGGCACUUGCUGAUGAAGUUACUAAUGAGAGAACAGCUGAGGAAUAUAUGCAAGGUUUAAAUGUUACAGAGAUGGCUGAGGUAUUUGGACCUGCUUCUGUUACGACGGAUUCAGUGGAAAAAUAUAGAACAGUCAACAGGUCUGAUCAUGAGGAUGAGGGUGACUUAACCACAGAAACUGAAAGGCAUCACUUCGUAAAUGAUAAUAUAGAUAAAACUCCAUGCACACUAAUUGCUGGAUGCAGCAUUGACAUCGAUGACUCUCCAUGCACAUCAAUUGCUGGACGUAAUAUUAACAUGGAUGACUGUCCAACCCAAUUGUCAGCUUAUACAGGCAAUGAGGAGACAGUACCAAAGGUAAAGAAAACUGAAUCUAAACAGCUAAAAGAAAAUGGGAAAACACAAAAGAAGCGCUCGAUAGCAGAUCUUAUUGCAACUGCUCCUUCUCAACAGAUUAAAGGCGAUUGUGAAAACCAGAGUUGGGCAUCCGAAAACUCACCAAGAAAGGCAAGAUUUGGAACCUGGAAUAAGAAGUCUGUAAGGAGCCAGAAAAGUUUCAAAAAUGGAAUGCAUGGUUGGAAGGAAUUCAAUUGCAAAAAGGAAGUCAUAUCUGAAGUACCUUCUUCUAUGCUAAAAAGUUUUGUGCUAGAGAAAUCACACCCAAAAUCACUUGAAAUGAUGACGAAAUGUCAACAGUUAGGAAUUGAAGUUCAGUCUUCAUCUUCUCAAGAUAUCAAACAGGAAACGAGAAGUCCAGACGAAGGGGGGCUUCUGACAAAUUCUUUACAGAGGCUUGAGAUAGAUGACCUGGCAAUGGGUUUGAAAAAAAGAAAACUGGUUCAUAAAUCUAUUUCAGAUGAAAUGCAAAAGACUAAAACAUCUGUAGAAAGUGAUGAUGACCUGAUGGAUUUGGCAGGAUUCUUGGCCCAAAAACAACUGGAACGAAUCUCAUCUUUCCCGAGCUCUGGUCUACCAAAAAGAAAGCGCUUCAGACGUUUACAGAAAAAUCGAACACGGCACAAACUGAAUCAUGUUCUGAGACAUAAGAAGGAACAGUUGAGCGAACAAGUUCAGCUUCUUCCACCAAAUUUAUCUUUUACAGAAGGUUUAGUUAGAAGACAAGAUGUUCUUAUAAACAGCCCUGAUCAAGUUGCAUCAGAGAAGGGCCAUCCGUAUUUAGUAGUGGAACAAGGACAAGAACAGCUUGUUCGAGUCAAUAACUCUCUUGUGCCAGUAGAACUAAAUGUUUCAAGACAAGUUCAAAAAGAAAGUAUAAUUAUUGCUAAAAGGGAUGGAACAGUUUCAGUUUCAAAAGAUAAUUCCAAACAUACAGGAAACGCUUGUGAAAAGAAAUUACGCCAAGAAGGCAAAUUUGAUGCUUCUGUUAUGAUGGUGCAAAAAAGUUGUAAAGGAUACUCAACCUCACAAAGGAAAAAUUCAGUUGCUUGUGACUUGAAGAAACCAAGCGCGUCUCCAAAGCAUGGCAAUGGAAGCAUUCCUUCUCAGGCUAUCCCAGAGAAUAAUCAUCUGUAUAUAUCAGCAGAAAGAAGACAUCAACAGAUCAAUCAAUUUCUGGACUCUGACAUGCAAGAGAAGUCAAUAAUGUCAAAACAGACUAAGGGAAUGAGGACAGGUCAAAGAAGCAAGCGUACAAGCUUUGUAACAAGGAAGGGGGGAAACGAUAAAAAGUUUAGUGAUUCUAAGAGGUUAAAAUCGACUACUCAGAAGUCCUUAAAGAAACUGAAAUUAUAUUCAAACCAUGACUUAACAGGAGAACAGAAAACUUGUACAUAUAUUACAACUGCAGAAGCUCCUAGUGAUGAUCCCAUGCAUUUAGAAUCAGAAGGAGCAUGCCAACAGAGCGACCAAGUUGAAAAUUCUCUUAUGUCACAGGGAUUGAUUGUGUCAGGACAAGCUACAGAAAUAAGUAACAAUUCUACAAGGAAUGAGGCUUUUUCUGAUUCAAAUGAUAGUUUUGAUGAUAGGAGAUGGCUCACUGCAAAAAAUUCAGGUCACAGAAGAAAGAAUGUGAAAUUCCUUGCAAUGAUGGGAACGGAGAAAAAAGGAUCAUCUGCUUCUAAGUGCAAACCAAUUGCUGCUUCUACAUCAUGUUAUGGGAUUUCUUCAGGUUCAGAAUACCUAUCAGGCACAAUACAGACAAUUGAUAAAGAAAGCAUUGUUCUUAGAAGUCAGCCUGCCAGCUCAACUGCAAUAAAACAAGGCAAAGAAUCAUCUACUUCUAAAAUGAAAAAUUCAGGCACUAAUAAGCCCAUUGAUGGAAGAAACCUGCCUCCAAAUCAAGAUGUAAGAACACAGGUCGCCCUUAACCACAACCUUGCUGGAGUUGCUUCAGAGGAUGCUCAAACAGAUCCAAUAGCAGGGGAAGGUCAAGAGAUGAAUCCAAAUGAAGUUUGUUUAACACAAGAGAAUACUGAUAUGGCUGGAGGAGAUGGGGUUAUUUUGCAAUCAAGAGAUUGUUUGGAUAUUCCCAUAAAGAUGGGUGAGAAUAAAUCAGGUCAGAAAUGCAAGGCAAUGAGUAAACCAAAGGAUGAAGGAUCUUCUAGGUCUCAAAGAAAAAAGUCAUUUGGGAAAAUUUCUAUGAAAGAGCGCAAGGCUCUUGCAAAAUCUGAAGGUAGGCACAUGUCAAUAAUUGAGGAAACUAAUGCUGCUUUGAAUGCUGCAUUUUCCAAUGGGAAUGCCAGAAAGCCACAAUUUGCAGGUACUGUUAUCAGAGGCAAUGGUCAUUGCUCUGAGAGAACUCUUAAUUCAGGAACUUGCAAAUUGAUACCUCCAGAAGCUGCAAAGGCAGUCAACAGUAAAGAUUUUACUCCACAACAAACAUUAAUACAGCCUACUGUAGCUCCCACUUCAAAAGGUAGGGAGCUGUUGAUUAUAAAUGAUGAUUCUGUACAGCUGAGUCUGAGUUCAGAAGGAAUUUUUGCUGAUUCAAGUAAGAUGAGUUGUAAGACCUUUGAGUCGGAAAAAGUAAAAAAGAAAGACGACAUUUUGAAUACAAGAUCUCUUGGAUUAAAAUCAGUGAGUAUUCGUGAAUCAGAAAAAGAACCGUGGCAUUCAAGUGUGGAUAGCCCUGUACAAUCCAUAGGCCGAAAGUCCUUGAUUAGGAAUGCAGAUGCAAGACUGGUGGCAAAGAAUCAGGAUGCUCUUGAACAUGAUAACAGUUUGGUGCAAUGUCAUGGCAAUGCAUUCUCAAAUGGUUUUGAAAAACAGUCUUCAUCAAAUGCAACAUGCCUUCCUGCAAAAGGUUUUUUAGGGUCAAGUAUAUCUCAACAUGUGCCAAACAACAGUGGAUCUUGCAAUUCCUUAGGUUCUCUUCUCCCACAUGUCACCUUGGCUACUCCUUCCACAGAAUCUGCACCUGAAUUCAACCAGUGCUCGCCAUCAAAUUACUCCACUGUGUUUGGCUUUGCCCAAGGAAACCGAGUAAAUAUGUCCACUAAAUCGUCUCAAGAAACCUCUUGGCGUGGUAACUACAAUCCCAACAUGUAUAUUCAGGAUGGGAUCACUACACACACAACCAAUUGGGGUCCUGGAUAUGAUGGUUGUAAACAAAAUGCAUCGGUUACAAUGGAUACUGCUGCUAGGAAGCAUUCAGAACGUCAUCAAACAAUUGCCAAGAACUUGCUUGGUUCUAGUUCUGCAAGAACAAUAACAGGAUUUGAGGCAUUAGAUUCAGAUCCACUAAAACAGAAUCUGGUGGAGCCAAUGACGAGCAAUGGGAAAGUUGAAACCAAUCAAAGGAUUGAGAAGAUCUCUUAUAUUAAUGUAUUAACAAAUACCAGACAGGUCCCUCAAGCUAAGCAGAACUUGCAGCCUAAAACUGGUUCUGUAGCCAAAAUUAAGGAUUCUGCGUCUAAGCAAACCAUGCAAAGUGAGUAUGUGGAACCAGAGAGUUUAGUAGACCUGAAAAACCUUACAUUAGGUUUGGCUCCAAGCGUAUUGAAGCAUCAAAAUUUUAGGAGAAAAUCACCAAUAGCAUCCAGCAACAUGACAAAUUUGAUUGAAACAGGAACAUGGGAGGCAGAUACUUCAAAACAGAGAAUUACUUCCAUGCAUGAUGACGCUAAGGCAGUUUUAACUUCGCAAUCUCAUACGUCUCUUAUGCCGACACCGCUGAAGCGUUUGAAAUUCACUCCAGGCCAUAAGAAUUGCUUGAACAUGCCAGUACAGAAGACAAAGCAACAUAUACCAAUUCAUUCCACUUUUCCUUCCAUGCGGGAGCCCAUAGGAGGAAAAUACUUCCAAGAUGAGCUCAAAACAUAUCCAGAUCAGUAUGGUAGAUUAAUAAGGACAUCCGAUAAGCCGUUUCAGAUGGAAACAAGAACACACUACAGCAUUUCUAAUGCUUCAGAAGCUGCAUUUGUUUCUUCAACUCAAGAAAAUGUGAGAACAAAUGUUUCGAAAGGUCUCUAUGGCAGAGCAGAUAUAAACAGUUUUUUAAGACCUGUAAUUGGGGGCGACGAAGUUUCAGGUGGAGCUAGUGAUAAAGAAGGUUCUGUUCUUACGAGUGUAUGCAAGGACAGUUCACUAGAACUCACCUUGUCCAUUCAACAAAGGUAGUGACAGGUGAAAUAGUUGAAGUGGAUUAUGCAAAAAUCCACAGGGGAAAGGUGUUGCAGUUUGAUCACUUGUAUAAUAUUUUUCUGUACGAGUAGAUCAAUUUCUAAAUGAUUGCAGGGAGAUGGAUAGAAUCUCUUCUUCAUUUUUAUGUAAUUUAUUACUUUGUAAAAUGAUAAACUAACAUUAAAACCAAUGAUUUAUACAAA